CUUUGGACCUGAUCGACUUAAUACAAGAGCUACUGAUUUCAUCUUCUUUAGCCCAACUCUCUGAAACAAUGAAGUAUACAAGUUCCAUCUUGGCUCUUCAGUUCUGUAUCAUUUUGAGUUUUUCUAGCUACUACUGCCAGUCAAGAUUUACAAAUGAAAUACGCAUUCUAAAGAACUACUUUAAUGCAGAUAACUCAGAUGUAGGAGACAAUGGGACGCUCUUUGUAGGCAUUUUGAAGAAUUGCCAAGAGGAGAGUGAAAGAAAAAUAUUUCAGAGCCAAAUCGUCUCCUUCUACUUCAAACUCUUUGAAAAACAUUUUACAGACAAUCAGACUGUCCAAAAUAGCAUGAACACCAUCAAGGAACAAAUCAUUACUAAGUUCUUCAAAGACAACAGCAGCAACAAGGUGCAGGCUUUCAAAAACCUGAUUCAAAUUUCGGUCAAUGACGAGCAUGUCCAGCGCCAAGCGAUCAUUGAACUCAAAAAAGUGAUAGAUGACCUGUCACCGAACCAGAGGAAACGAAGAAGGACUCAGAUGCUGUUUCAGAGCCGGAGAGCAUCCAAAUAAGAGUCAUUCUGCCUAUAAUAUUUGAAUUUUUAAAUCAAACCUAUUUAUUAAUAUUUAAAAUUAUUUAUAUGGAGAAUAUAUUUUUACUCAUUAAUCAAAGAAGUAUUUAAUAGUAAGUUUAAUGUAAUGAAAAUGAAUAUCUAUUAUCUAUUAAUAUAUGUAUUAUUUAUAAUUCCUGAAUCCUGUCAUUGUUCUUCUUGUCCUUUAUCCUUUCUGAUUAAGUAACAAGACCAUGUGAUGAUCCAGUUCUGUCUCAGGGGCCAGCUAAGCAGCUGACCUGAGCAAGACCCUGAGGGUUGUGCAUUUAUUUCACUUGAUGAUACAAGAAAUACUUAUAGAUUAAAUAACACCAUCUGGUUGCUGCCUAUUUGAGAACAUCUCUGCAUUCUGAGCCAGUGCUUUAAUGGCCUGGCAGACAGCACUUGAAUAUGUCAGGCGAAAUGGCCUGGUACCCUGGUAAAAACACAGCAUCUCAGGAAAUGUCACAUCUGGUGCUUCUAAAUAUUGCUGACAACUGUGAUUGAACUCAAAUGGAAAUUACCUCACUUGUUUAGUUUAU